UUUUUUUUAUAUUUUUUAUAACCGUUUUGAAAAUAUUGCGUUAUCGAUAGGCGACCAGUUAGCAACAAAUAGAUAUUAUAUAGCGUACAUUGUGAUAGUAAAUAACGAGAUAGAAUAUUACCGUGUAGCUAAAGGAGCUGAAUGACGAAUAGGAUUAUAUUAAUAUAAACUGUGUGAAGAUCAACGGAUGAACAUUGUAAUUUUCAUUUGAAAAUCAAAAUGGAUUGUACUGAUGUAAAACCGUUGCCCUUAUUAACAUUGGUGAAUGAAAAAACACGUGAAUGCUAUGACAUUUUGAAGAAAAAAAUCAAUUUGGUUGCUCGAGCUGGAUUCAAAGGUGACUUUGAAAUACCUGAUGAUACAUCUAUUAGUCGAUGUCACGCGGAAAUAUUUUAUGAGAAAAAAAUAGUUAAUAAUAAAAACAAACUUAUUUUAAAACUUGUCGACAAAAAAUCAAAGUUUGGAACAUUUAUUAACAUUGGUAUCACUUCAAAUGAACGCAUUGCUAGUGAAUGUCCUAUAGUUUUGUCAUCAGGUGACAGGAUUCGUUUCGGGAUAAUGGACAGCUUUUGGAUUGUUACAGAAUACCCUUUUUUGGUUUGUCCAUCAACUUUGAGAAGGAACGAUAAAGAAAUCCUGAAAAACGCUUUGAAUCCAAUUGGAGGUGAAAUAACACAUGAAUGGACUAAUCAAUGUACACAUCUUUGUAUGAAUUCAAUUAUUGUUACAGAAAAGGUAUUAUUAUGCCUGGCAUCUGCUAAAUCAAUUGUACCUAUAAGAUAUUUUAUUGAUUUAUAUAAGGCGUUAUUGCCUAAUUCAACAUCUGAACUACCGUAUUGUACAGAUUAUGUACCUAAUUUGACUGAUAAUCUUUUAAAUUCCAGUUCAGUGUCCAUGAAUGUGAAUAACAAACGUAAAACUCUAUUUUCUGGAAAAAUAUUUGUAUGUUCUACAGUGAACCAAUAUAAUCGUAUUUCAAAAAUUAUAAAAAUAGCAGGUGGAGAAAUAAUAAAGUAUUGUGAAGACACUAUGUCAGAGGAUGAAAUUUUGCAAAGUAAAGUACAUAUUUUUAUGCAACAAGAUAUAUCUUUCACAGAGAAUAAUAAAAAAUAUCAACAAUUGUUGGAAAAACUGAAAUUAAUGAAUAAAACACCAAUAUCAGAAUAUGAUAUUGGACUUGCUAUAAUUCAUUCGAGUACUACCAAACAUUGUAACCCAGAUCACCAUAAUUCUUUAAUUAAUCUUCAAACUCAACCCAGUGUAUCUGAAUCUCAUGCAUCUGGGAUUUUGGCUCCUGAAACCGAGGUCUUAAUUGUAGAAGAUAGUACAAAAUUUUCAGUAAAUGUUAUACCUGACUCUCAUUCUAAUAUGCAACCCUGUUAUAAGAGGCCGUUAGAGACUAUUAUGGAUUCUGAAGAUAUGAUGCCAAAAAAACGUAUAUUAAUUUCAAAUGACAUAGAUGACUCCAAUACUACUCCGAAAAUAAAAGCAGAAGAAAAUUUACAACUGACAUCAUAUGAAAGCCUUAUACCAUCUAUCAAUAACCUUAAACUUCCUUAUAAUAAUAAUGAAAUAGUUAAUGAUGAAUCAAUAAAAUCUGAUUCGUGUAUAACCACAGUCCAAACCUCACAAAACUCAUCAAAUAAUGACUACUCAUCUUUGCUUCAAGUUUCUAUAGCUAAUGAAAAUGUGAGCUAUAUUAAUAGUGUUCCUUCAGAGACGAUUAGCAUUAGGUCUGGUUUCAAAAGAAAAAUAUCAAGUGUUGGUUCAAUGUUAAAUCAUGAUGAUGAAGAUGAUCCAUUCAAUUAUAAGGAUAUAGAUGAAAUUGAAGAACAUGCUUCAAAAAAACCAAAAACCAAACCACCAGUAUCAUUGUUUUAUUCAAUGUUGGAAGAAUCAUCCAGUAAUAAAAACGAAAUUCCAAAAUCCAUAGAACCAAAAGUCGAUAACACAGUAGACCCAAAUUUCAUCAUGAAUUUACUAUCCUCUGCCAAAGGGACCGGUAAAUGCAUUGAUACUAGUAAUCUUGAUGAUAAAUCAUCAAUAAAGGUGCAUGAUGAGGAUGAUUACUUGUUAAAUUCUGUCAUUGUUGAGACUCUAAACAUAGGGAUAUCUAAAUCCAAACAAACUGAAACUAUAUUUCAAGAAAACAAUUCAAAUCUUAAAAACUUCAAGAAAUUCAACAGAAAAGCAAAAGCCAUGAAAAUUCCACACAUUGUUCCCAUGCAUCUCAUCUAAAUAAGUCUUAUCUUUUAUCUUUCUGUUUACAAAUUGAAUUUUUUUUUUUUUUAAUUAAAUUUAAUUAAUUUUUUAUUAUUUU